UGUGGCAAUGUGCUCCGCCCCUGUGUGCAUUUCUGUGUUGUAUGUUGCGUGUGCUGUGUUAAUGUUGGUGUAUAGGCAUUGGUACACGGGAUAUAAGUGGGUCUGUGUUUCACGCGUGAUUUAAAAUGUAGAAUUGUAUUUAGGCACGAGGAUGGCACAUCACUUCACGUGCAUUUAAAGUAUAUAAUAUGUGAGCACGAGGUUACACAUAAUUAAUUCACUUGCUGGGAUUCAAGUGAAUAAUUAAUUAGUAAUUGAAUCCCAGCACAACAGUAAAUAUAGGUGCACGUUUCACUCACUCGGGUUUGUGUGUUCGGUGAGUGGAGAACGGGUGUGGAGAAGGAGAAAGUAAAACUAACUAAAAAGUAAAUGUUUGUUUAUUUACUCACCGUGUUUGUGUGUCUGUCCGUCCACCGUUUGUUAAGUGUUAGUCUGUUUUGUUUGUCUAUUUAUUUUGGCGCAAGUGCCGUGUCCAUUCUUCUGUUUGUUUAAACCUUUUAUUUAUAAUAAACCGUGCAACAGUGCUUUCAUCAUUUCAUGUCAUCUGUCCUGUGUGUAUUCAUUUCCUGGAUCUGACGUCACCACUCAGCCAGCCGUGUGACAUAUGGUGUCAGAGUGGGAUGACAGUGGCCCCUAGUGUCAGACCAGGGAAAGUGCAUUUUUUUUGUUGAGGUGUCCUUUUGGGGAAAAAAAGGGGGUAAUGGAAGAAGACGCCAUCAGGCUGCGGGACUGGAUCCUGGACAAUGCUGGGCUGGAGGCCCAGUCUAUGCCCAUAGCCAUACGAGUCCUGUGGCUGAUGGACAGGGAGCGAUGGGAGGCGUAUGAGAGGGAACACACCCGAAACACCUUGGAGGAAGGUGUGGAGUUGGUCCUCAGCUACCUGGAGGCAGCUGUAAACAGAACAGCAGCCCAGGUAAUAGGGCCACCAGCAGAGGGAGAAUGCCUGCUGUCCCCACUUCCACCAGCAGAGGGAGAAUGCCUGCUGUCCCCACUUCCAACAGCAGAGGGUGAAUGCCUGCUGGUAUCACUUCCCCCACCAUCACGAGGAGAGGAGCCGGAGCUGCCGCUGCCUCUGCCUCAACCAUUACAACCAGCAGAUGAAGAAUGUCGCACCAGUCCCCUGCAAGAGAGGCAGAGCCGUACCAGUCCCCUGCAAGAGAGGCAGAGCCACACCAGUCCCCUGCAAGAGAGGCAGAGCCACACCAGUCCCCUGCAAGAGAGGCAGAGCCACACCAGUCCCCUGCAAGAGAGGGAGAGCAGCACCAGUCCCCUGCAAGAGGAGGAGACUACACGCUGCUCUCACCUCCAUUGCCAGGAGACUACACGCUGCUCCCACCUCCGUCACCAGGAGACUACACGCUGCUCCCACCUCCACCGCUUCCACCACUAGGAGCAGAGCAACAGGAGCUGCCUCUGCCUCCACCACCUCCACCAGGAGCAGAGCUUCCUCUGCCUCUGCCACCUCCAGGAGCAGAGCUGCCUCUGUCUCCACCACCUCAACCGCUUCCACCAGGAGGAGAGCAACAGGAGCUGUCUCUGCCUCCUCCAUCAGCAGAGGGUGAAUACCUGCUGGUUCCGCCUUCAUUGUCGUGGGAGUACUGCUUGCCCCUCCCACCUCCACCAGCAGAGGGUGAAUACCUGCUGGUUCCGCCUUCCCCAACAUGGGAGGACUGCUUGCUGCUUCCACCUCCACCACAAGAGGAGCUGCAGCUGAGUUUCGCUUCUCCCAAGGAUGCCAGCUUCGCUUCGCCCAAGGAUGCCAGCCUCUCUUCGCCCAAGGAUUCCAGCCUUGCAUCGUCUGGGGCUGCCUGUUGCUACGCAUCGCCUGGGGCUGCCUGUUGCUCCGCAUCGCCUGGGGCUGCCUGUUGCUCAGCAUCGCAGCAGGAAGUACUUUGGCCAGAACCCCACCAAGGGGAGCUGCCGACCACGAAGAAGAGGGAGGAGGUCUGGAGACCACCAACCCCAGCAGCAGUUUCGCUGCCGGAGAUCGUGGGGGAGGUCAGGAGACCUGCGCCCACUGCAGCACUUUCGCUGCCGGAAGUACUGUGGCCGGAGCCCCACAAUGGGGAGCUGUCGGCUUUGAAGAAGAGGGAGGAGGUCCAGAGACCACCAACCCCAGCAGCAGUUUCGCUGCCGGAGAUCAUGGGGGAGGUCAGGAGAUCUGCUCCCACUGCAGCACUUGCGCUGCAGAAAGUGCUGUGGCCGGAGCCCCACCAAGGGGAGCUGUCGGCUUUGAAGAAGAGGGAGGAGGUCCAGAGACCACCAACCCCAGCAGCAGUUUCGCUGCCGGAGAUCAUGGGGGAGGUCAGGAGAUCUGCUCCCACUGCAGCACUUGCGCUGCAGAAAGUGCUGUGGCCGGAGCCCCACGUGGGGGAGCUGCCGGCUACGAAGAAGGGGGGAGGUCAGGAGACCACCCCCCAAACAGCUUUUCUGCUGCCAGGACUGUCCCGGCUGAAGGAGUCAGCCUGGGAGCUGUCAGCACGUCUGCUGACAGCAUGGCCAGUAGCAUCCUGGCUACUGGCAACAUUGCCACCUGUGGACCCCUUGAAGCCUCCAGUUCUGGCCCAGGACUUUGUGCUGGACUUUUGGGCUUUUAAGGGGGGAGGUGGCCGUUAAGGCCAUGUGUGCUACGCACAAGGGGGGGGUAUAUGUGGCAAUGUGCUCCGCCCCUGUGUGCAUUUCUGUGUUGUAUGUUGCGUGUGCUGUGUUAAUGUUGGUGUAUAGGCAUUGGUACACAGGAUAUAAACAGGUCUGUGUUUCACGUGCGAUUUAAAAUGUAGAUUUGUAUUUAGGCACGAGGAUGGCACAUCACUUCACGAGCAUUUAAAGUAUAUAAUAUGUGAGCACGAGGUUACACAUAAUUAAUUCACGUGCUGGGAUUCAAGUGAAUAAUUAAUUAGUAAUUGAAUCCCAGCACAACAGUAUUUAUAGGUGCACGUUUCACUCACUCGGGGUUGUGUGUUCGGUGAGUGGAGAACGGGUGUGGAGAAGGAGAAAGUAAAACUAACUAAAAAGUAAAUGUUUGUUUAUUUACUCACCGUGUUUGUGUGUCUGUCCGUCCACCGUUUGUUAAUGUUAGUCCGUUUUGUUUGUCUAUUUAUUUUGGCCUGUCUUCUGUUUGUUUAAACCUUUUAUUUAUAAUAAACCGUGCAACAGCGCUUUCAUCAUUUCACCUCAUCUGUCCUGUGUAUAUUCAUUUCCUGGAUCUGACGUCACCACUCAGCCAGCUGUGUGACAGUACAGCAUUCUCCACCACAAUGGAUACCAAUGAAGUGUGUUUAAAUGAUGGGAACUUCUUCAUCUCGCAUGUCAAUUGAUUGUGACCCUCAAUCAUGUUAAAUUCUAUAUUAAAAGCAUGAUUCUUGGGUGAGUGUUUACUGCAGUGUUCCAUUGUUCAGCCUUUGGUGCAAAAAUAUAUCUUAAUGUUUCUGAUGCAUAGUGUGUCAUUAGCUGUUUACAUCCCAUUCAAAGUAGGAAACUAAUCUAUUUGAUACAAUGCCAUUCCAGACCCUGCUGUCCAGAUUGAACCUGUAUACACCACGGUGUGUAAGCCUAAGCAGCCUUCAAAGCAACAGGACGACACAUUCACCUACUCAGAAAUAAACACUGCCCGUGUCACCAAGAAGAAACCCAGCUCUGCACCUGAUGAAGACAAUGUAACAUACGCAACAGUUAGAAUUUCCACAUACUGAAAACCACUGGGGAAAAAUGAAUGUUGUUUUGAAAAAUACCUGAAUAGUCAAUGCAUUAAAAUUGUCUUUCCCUUUUA